GCGGCGAGGACGGGGCAGUCAGCCCUUGCACUGAGGCUCGGUGUGAGUGUGGCAGAGUCGCUGCCGCCGCUCCUGACAUUGAGUAGUGAGACACAGCAAGCGAGAGAGAGAAUCCCAGCCACGUAAGUAGCUAUUAAUACAUGGUAGGGAGAUGAUGUCUUGCUGAAAGGGAUUGGCCCGGCCAUCCCUUUCCUCCCCCUUCUUCUACCUCUAGGAAUAAAGAUCAGCGCCUGAAAUCAUCAUCAUCUUUUAAAAGUGGUUGCAUUCUCUUCUCCACUCCUGUUCUUCGCAUCUCUGGACUCGGGGGGACAAAGAGGAGGCCGUCACGGAGAGGGGCUCCUGCCUGCAGCAUUUUCUUUUUUAUUAUUUUGUCGCUAAUGGUUUUUGCUUGCAUGUGCAUUGCACUACAAGAUCGGGUGAACACCGAAGGAAGGAAAGAGCAAAUUAACUCUACGCAAUGGAAAGCUGAGAGCAUUGAUCUGCUCUUGUCCUUGGUUGCACUUUUUGUCUGAUCAAAAGAAAAAGAGGGGGGGAAAUCACCGUUGCAGCGCGUGGAUCUUUGUGCACCUCUCUUCCUGGUGGUGACGGUGCCUUUCAUAUUAAGAACGUCUUUUCUCUCCAUCAAAACCGGAAUUUGGCUGAAAAUCUAUGACCAAAUAGCACACAUUCGCCCGCCCCCCCUUUUUUUGUUUCCUUUUGGUCGGCGAAGCUUCUUAAUGACCCUCUGAAGUUAAAUGCUCCCUCGUUAUUUUUUGUUGAAUUUCUGGGUAGCCUUUGCUAUCAGGAAAAAGGUUCAGACGCCAUCUACAGUUAAAACGUAGGCAAUUUUCUUUUCUUUUCUUGAAAGAGCAGCAGGAAAACCCACACGUCUAUUACAGCACGUUACCUAACCCCAUUCUUUAAAUCGUGAGAGUAUUUUGACGGAGUCAUUAAGAAAUUAAAUACUGAUAACGAAUCUCUUUCUUCACCCCUUUUUAAUUUUUCUCUGUUGGCUUAAAAAUACGUACAUACUGUUUCCUGAGAGGCUGCAUUUCGUGAACGUGCAAAAUUUUCAUUUUGAAUUACUUUGCUGCUCCAGGGGAAAAGAUACACAACGAAUCGAAGGCGCCGGGUUCGCUGGGAAGAACCCUUUCGAUUGAUUGCACGCUCCCCGCUCCAACCUCCCACACCGCCUCGCUUUAUACUUUGGACUGUAAUCCCAAAUAAACCUGCCCUCUAAGCACCCUUUCAGCAGCAGCAGCACAAAGGCAUUGUUGCGGCUGGCCUGUGAUAAACGGCUGAUCUUCAGAUAACCCAAAGGGUGUGUGGGGGUGAUUUGGGGGCUUCUCGGAGGGUUUGAUCUCUCCUUCCCCAUGAACAUACAAAGGUCAACCCCAAUCACAAUAGCACGAUAUGGAAGACCUCGGAAUAAAACCCAGGAUUUUGAAGAGCUCUCGUCUAUAAGGCCAACUGAGUCCAGCCAGAGUUUUAGCCCCAACCUAGGCUCGCCAAGCCCGCCAGAGACUCCCAACUUGUCGCAUUGCGUUUCUUGCAUCGGGAAAUACUUACUGUUGGAACCUUUGGAAGGAGACCACAUUUUUCGAGCCGUUCAUCUGCACAGCGAGGAGGAGCUGGUUUGCAAGGUGUUUGAUGUUGGCUGCUACCAAGAAUUACUUGCGCCAUGUUUUUGUCUGCCUCCUCAUGACAACAUCAACCAAAUUACUGAAAUCAUUCUUGGGGAGACAAAAGCGUAUGUGUUCUUUGAAAGGAGCUAUGGGGACAUGCAUUCCUUUGUUCGAACCUGCAAGAAGUUGAAGGAGGAGGAGGCAGCCAAAUUGUUCUAUCAGAUAGUGUCGGCUGUAGCACACUGUCAUGAUGGUGGACUGGUACUGCGGGAUCUCAAGCUGCGGAAAUUCAUAUUCAAGGAUGAAGAAAGGACUCGAGUGAAAUUGGAGAGCCUUGAAGAUGCUUACAUUCUACGGGGAAAUGACGACUCUCUUUCUGAUAAGCAUGGAUGCCCAGCCUACGUGAGCCCAGAGAUCUUGAACACAAAUGGCAGCUACUCUGGCAAGGCAGCGGACGUGUGGAGUCUAGGUGUCAUGCUUUACACAAUGCUAGUUGGACGCUAUCCUUUUCAUGACAUUGAGCCUAGUUCUCUCUUCAGCAAGAUCCGCCGCGGGCAGUUCAGCAUUCCAGAGACUUUAUCCCCCAAGGCAAAAUGCCUUAUACGUAGCAUCCUGCGCCGGGAGCCCUCAGAAAGGCUGACUUCGCAGGAAAUUCUGGACCAUCCUUGGUUUUCUACAGAUUUUAAUGUGUGUAAUUCAGGAUAUGGUGCUAAGGAAGUAACAGAUCAGCUGGUGCCUGAUGUCAAUAUGGAAGAGGACUCGGAUCCGUUCUUUAACUGAACAUUAGAACUACUGGCCAGAAGGUGCAUGGUCCAGAAAGGACAACAUGAAGGGAGUUCUUCCUGAUCAUGCAGAAUUAUCUGUGUCUCAGCCUGGUUUGAUAGCAAAAAGACAACCCAGAGUUCUCUUUGGAGAAGGAAUGUCCAAGAAAUGAGCUAACACAACAGAUGUAGCAUGGUGGAGAUGAUGAUUAGGUGGAUGGAAUUACUGCUAUCAAGUUAGAUUGACAUAGAAGGAGGUGGCAGCAUGGAGCAACUGUAGCUUCUCAUCUUUAUGGAGCCAAGGACACUGCACACCCAUGUUCCAGUGCAGCCACUAAUCCACUCCUGAUUCAGUUUCAUUAAAAUACUUAUGGUUCCCAGUGAACAGAAACUUUUGCCUCAACUUGCAUCUUGGCAUCGCACUGUUAGAUAUUUAACUUCAGCCAUUAUUCAGGGAAGGUACAAUUAGCUAUUUGAUUCCCCCCCCCCGUAUCACUUUUUAAAAUCCGAUGUUUAAUAGCUUCAGUGAGAUUUCUUUUCGGGAGGGAGGGAAGCGCACAAAGGAAGACAUGAGAGGGUGCUAAACCAAGUUUUAGUUCAUGUUUCGUGAAGGCUAACGUUUUGCAUUAACAGUUCUUCUAAAUAAACUACUUUAAUUCUUGUUAAGAGAAAUGAGAUUUGAAAUGUUUUGUUCCCUUAAGAGGGAAGGGACUGUCCCUUACCAAGCUGUUCUAGUUUUUGGUCAAAUGGUUUUGUUGAAGGCAGCAGCUAGACAUUAGACUUCCAGCUGUGAUUGAAUACUUUAAUGGCAAGAUAAUUCUUUUUUAGGUUUUUUUCUUUUAAAGUGGGGGUUAAAAUGCUGGCUUCCACUUUACCAUACUGAACAUAAAUCUGACUGCAUUGGGUGAGAAUCUCCCUGUGGAAUCCUUUUAAAAAGGAAAAGGGACCUAAUCCUGUAUCCACUUUUUCCUCUGGCUGUUGUGAAUAUGAACAGGGGAACUCUUUAUUAUUGAAGAAAAAAUGUGGCAUUUUCCCUCCCUCCUGCCCUUCCCCAUCACCACAGUUUCUUAGAAUGGCAAUGUCUUUGGGGUUUUUUUCAAUUUUUUUUUUUUUUAAAGAAUGCUGUUCUAAUAUUCUUGUUGGAUCUGCCUUGGAUAUACUAUAAAAGGGUAUGAAUAAGCUGAACAUUACUUAGGAUACAAAUCUGUCUCAAAGUACACAGUAAUAUGCACCUUUUUGUAUUGUCAAGACUUAUUUAUUGAUGAAACUGUCACAGUUGUGAUGAAUUAAGCCAGUACUUCAAUUACGGGUUGACUUGGGGUGACAUGUUACAUGUUGUAGUUAACACUUUUAUUUUUCUCUUCAGGUAUUCCUGUCCCUGAAUGACAUACUUUUAUUAUGAUGAUUAUUAUUUUAGCUCCCCACCACCACCACCACCUCCUCCACCUUCCUUAGAGAGCUUUCAUUUUGACUUAGACUGGCAAAUGAUUUUUAUUACUGCUUUUAUAUUGCUGUAUGAUAUUGGGGGAAAACAAAACAAACAACUCUCUUGGCAUAAAUAUUUGUGUUUCCAGUACCUCAGUUGUUCUGAUGUUACUGCCUGUAUGCGUUUUUGUGAAGUGGUCUUGUUUUUUGGGUAGGUACAUGUGGACUCUGUAGUAUGUAAAUGUUACUUGAAUUUUGUGCUUAAUUAUAGUAUGUGGCAUGUGCGUACAGCUACUUGGCAUUUGACGUAUGGAUGCUAUUUGCCUGCCCUGCAGGAAGGUUUCGAUCCCACUCUCAAGAUGAUGGUUCACAGUUCCUUAUCAAGAGACAAAGCUGCAGCUGACCUGCCUUGGUUCUAUUUUGGUAUCUGAGAAUAUAAAGGAGUAAUGUUUUUACACUCUGAAGAUGGUGCUGUGUUGAGGGACUUCAUUUUUUUAAUGUUUAUUUUAUAAACUUGUAGGAGGAAAGAUUGGUGAUGUGCAUGGUGGGAUUUUAUUGCCUCUGGUGCUUUGUCUUGUAUUUGGUUUAAUGUUUUUGUCCUAAUCUCUUCAAUAAACAAAAUUGUGCAUAUUUAACUAAA